GGCCGGCACUGCAGGGCAGCCCUCGCCUGCCAGGGAGGGCUGACCCGAGGGAGUGUUUGUAGCAGCCGCCGUCUCCAAGGAGAGGAGGGGAGAGGAGAGUGGAGAGUGGAGAGGCUCCGCUGCCCCCUGGCUGGCUGUUGGGGGGGUGGGAGGCAGCCAGAGCGGCCUGUCCAGCCCAGAGGGGAGACAGGAGUGUCCUCACCUCCAUCCGUCCUGGCGGGUGGCCUUGGAAGGGUCUGAGGUCACCGAGGGCCCCCCAGUGGGGAAAGUUCCGGCAGAGACAGGAAUGCCAGGGAGCGUGGGUUGGGCAGGGGCCCGGCCAGCCUGGCGGAAGCAGCGGAAACCAGGGGCAAGUGGCUGAGCCCGAUUCUGAGGCCCUCCCUCCGAGGGGAACCGGGAGUCCGGGGGACCAGCCAAGACACGGCAGGCGGCGGGGCUGAAGCCGAAGCAGCAGGAGAAAGGAGAUGCCCACCUCCUCCCCUGCCCAGGGUCAAGCCAUGUCCCAGCCCGGGGCACGAGGGAGGAGGCCCAGGUCCCCAGGGCCGCCGCUGUGCAGCAUCCGGCCCUUUAAGUCCAGCGAGCAGUACCUGGACGCCAUGAAGGAGGACCUGGCCGAGUGGCUCCGGGACCUCUACGGGCUGGACAUCGACGCGGCCAACUUCCUGCAGGUGCUGGAGACGGGCCUGGUGCUGUGCCGGCAUGCCAACGCUGUCACCGAGGCUGCCCUGGCCUUCCUGGCGGAGGCGCCUGCCCGGGCCCUACGGACCCCCAUGCCUCGGGCUGGGGUCUCCUGCAACGGGGCCGCCCAGCCAGGCACCUUCCAGGCCCGGGACAACGUCUCCAACUUCAUCCAGUGGUGUCGCAAGGAGAUGGGCAUCCAAGAGGUGCUCCUGUUCGAGACGGAGGACCUGGUUCGGCGCAAGAACGUGAGGAACGUGGUGCUGUGCUUGCUGGAGCUGGGUCGCCGGGCCUGGCGCUUCGGCGUCGCCGCGCCCACCCUGGUGCAUCUGGAGGACGAGAUCGACGAGGAGCUGCGGCAGGAGCUGGCCCUGCCCCCGCCCGACCCCCCGCCGCCCGCGCCCCCCAGGCGGCGGCCCUGCCACUUCCGAAACCUGGACCAGAUGGUUCAGAACCUCGUGAGCCACUGCACAUGCCCAGUUCAGUUCUCCAUGGUCAAGGUGUCCGAGGGGAAGUACCGCGUGGGGGACUCCAACACCCUCAUUUUUAUCCGGGUCCUCCGGAACCAUGUGAUGGUGCGUGUGGGGGGCGGCUGGGACACACUCAGCCAUUACCUGGACAAACACGACCCCUGCCGGUGUACAUCCCUGUCACACAAGCCAGGCAGCUCCCUGAAGCCCCCGGGGCCGCCGGCGCAGCACGAGGUGAGGGUGCAGGACGAGCCCUGGCAGCCGCAGCCCACGAUGACCGUCAGCCGCUCCCAGAGCCCGCCGCCCCCCGUGGACUGGAAGACGUACACCUCUGGCAACCGAAAGCUGAGGCCCCCUGCCUCCUCCCCCAGACCCCGCAGUGCCUGGGGAGUGGGGGCGGGGCUCCCCCGAGAGACAGCACCAUUCCUGAGGUGCCAGGAGAAGCCGCUCGUCCCACCUCGGGAGCACCUGGCAGCUGGGGACAGUCUACCCAGCCCCCAAUCCUCACCCACCCCUAGGAGACAAGACCCACGAUGCCCCUCUUCAGGGAAGAGGGAGGGCGGAGGGAGACCCUCUGAACUCCCCAGGAGGAGGACCCCUACAGCUUGGAUUCGUGAGGACACAGACGGCUGGGAAACCCACUCCACGGUCCCCACCCCACAGCGACUUGGAGCUCCUGAGGCCACCGCCACAGGGACACCAGCAAGAGGACCAUCCCCCCUGCCUCGCUACUCUGGUUUCGCCACGCCCCUGGGCCCCAGGCAGCCACCCCAGGGUGAAGCUGAGGGUGCCUCCUUCCAGCUCAGGGAGCCAGCAUCCGUCUGUUCUCUGUCCCCUGGUAAAGGGCCCACUGAGACCCCUGUCCAGCAGCCCCCAGCCCACCCGCCCACUCCAGGAGGAAGCUUCCCUGGUACUGCAAGCAGAGGUCCCGAGACAAAAUCAGUGAGAAUCAGCUCCGUCACACCAAGAGCUGUCAUUGGAGUCUCAGCUGGGUCCAGACACGGGGGCUACUCUGUGGGAGGGAGGCAAGGGGCCCAGAAGCCGGAGACCUGGGUGCCUGCGGGAGCUGGAGAGUCCCGGGGCCGGAGCCCACAGGAGCAGGGCCGGGGGUGCACUGCCCCGACCUCGGAUGGGACCAAGGAGCCAGCCGUCUACCAUGGCCUUGAGGAGGAGCUUUCGACCCACGUGAAGCUGCUGGAGGUGGGGCCCGCUCGUCCCCGGGGCCCAGGGUCUGGGCUCAUCCCUCGCAGUGGGGUCUACGUCCCCAGCCUGGGUGCGCGGUGGCCUGAGCCUGGGGGUCCUUAUGACAAAGUCAUCCAAGAACUGGCUCAGGGCCCCCCACCCCUCCAUAAAGUCGACCUGGGGGCCUGGAAGGCUGCCUGUACCGGGUCCCCUAAGCUGGCUGUUACCACCGGCCCGGGAAGCCCACAAGGGCAGCCGGGAGCCAGCGAGAGUGCGCCAAGGACAAAGGCAGCCGAGAGCACCUGGGACACCCGGACGAGGAAGGUCCCGGCUCCAGGAGGGCCGGACUGCCCGGUCCCGACUCUGUCUGCCAGCCUGGAGGCCCCCACACCUUCGCCCCCGGACCCAGAUUCCGACAAAGGCGCGGCCUGUCCGGGCAAGGGCAGGAGGACACUCCGGAAGCCCCGGAGAGUGCCGUCUAUUUACAAGCUGAAGCUGAGGCCCAGAAUCCGGCCCCGGAGAGACCACAGGCCCGAGAAGCAGCCUUCACGAAUCCCCAAGCCCCUGGCCUACCUCCGCCUGGGCCCCGCCAGGGCGCCCCCUAGGGGCGGGCUGGAGAGAGCGUCGGCGCUGGGUGGCCGGGGAGGCGAGGCGGCCCUGGUGGGUGGGGCCUCGGCGGGGGAGGAGGAGGAGGGAAAGGGGAAAGAGCGCUUCGCUCCCCUGGAGAGCAGAGGCCAACCUUCGGGCCUGCGGCCUGGGCAGCCUGACCGAGCCCCACGCCCUCCUGAAGAGGAGUCCUGGGUCUAAGGGGGGGGCUUCUCCUCCUGGAGCCUGCGGGAGCAGAGGGAGGGUCCCAGGCCUGGACACGGGGCCUUGGCCAGGGGAGGCAGACACAGCCUCCGUCGGCCCGGACCGGCGAACGGGACACCCAUCACUCCCGUGCCAACGCAGUUAGGAUGCGGGCAGCGGGGCCACCCUCUGUGCGAUCAACACCCACCCCGCCCCAGGGCCCCUCCCCGAACCCCCGUCUUCUGGCCACGCCCACCGUUCGUUCCCACGACCCUUGUAAGUUAUCAAACACUCGAGGGUCUGUCGUUGAGUCUCCAUCCGGCUCGAGUCCCUCUCUCUAGGACCGCAGCGAUGCAGGAACGUGCGGCCUCGGACAUUCUCCCAGCGCAGGGGCAGGGGGCCAGGGCAGGGAGCUGGGGGGUGAGGUAGCCAGUCCAACGUGGCCCCGCACAGCCGAGCCGGGGGAAGCGGCUGGGGCGUCAGCACCACGGACAGGGCCACGGCCGCCGGCUCCUCCUGCGCGGCUGCAGAGCUGCGCUCUGGGGCUCGGGAACGCAGAUCACAGCGGUCCACAGGGACGGUCCAGAGAGUUCACACGUCCACAGCCUCGAAGUGAGGACAGAGGCCACAGCGGCUCGGCAGCAGGUGAGACAAGGACGCAGGCGCAGAGGCUAGGGCCGAGGGCAGUUAUGAAAAGGUUUCCUGAGACAGUAGCGGAGGGAGACGGGACGCCUCCCCUCUGGCAGGGUUGGAUCAGGGGGAGGGGGACUCAGGGGCAGUUGAAGGGGAGGAGUCCCAGACUCGUGCCCGCAGUUCUCCUGGGUGACCUGGGCGUCAGGCUCCAGGGCCACCCCAUCACCCUCGCCCUCCUUGCCCAGCAGAGCCCUCUCCCUUCCACUGCGAGAAGCCGAGCCAACGCCUGGGUACAGAAACGAGGGAAAACACUCCCUGAUUUUUAAUCUGACUUCCGAUCAUCGCGCAAUGGGCGUCACACACACAUCCAGACCCUGUGGUGGCGGGGAACCCUGUGGGGGGGUGGAGGGGGCGGGGAGGACAGAGAGACUCAGAAUGAGGGUGCAGGAAAUCAAAAUCAAAGACCUGGGGUGAAGCGGAGGGGGUGAGGUGGGCCAGCCAGGCAGUACCGUCCAGUGGCUGCCACAGGGGCAGCCAGAGGCCUGGGCCCCCACCCACCCCCACUUCCGGUGCCUCAGAGCCGGGGACCGCGGUGACCGUGAGAUGCUGCCAUCCUAUCCCCUACCCGCCUGGAGAACCAGGCAGCAGGACUCGGGGGAAGGAGGGGGGCAGGCCCUCUCCCGGACCCUCCCACCACUCCCAGGUGUGGGGAAGGGGAGCCACCUCCUCUGCUUCAGAGGGAGACUCAGAGGGCAGUCACUCGUCCUGUCACGGAGCACGUCAGGGACUAGAACCCGGGGAUGCCGGACCGCCCAGCCAAGGCCGUGGUGGUCACUGCAAGGCUGUGCUACCCAGGUGGGUGGAGGGGCAUCAGCUGGGGCAUUCACAGACUCCCUCUCCCCCUGGAUCUGGGUGCCUCCCCCAGAUUCCUCUCUAUCACGGCUCCAGGCUCCGAUUUCCUGGUCUACACGGCGCAGCAGGGCCAGGCCGAGGCUGGGUUGUUCCAUGGGCCUCUCUCUUCUCACCGGGGAUUUUGUUCCCUCGUCACCAGACCGGGGCAAAGGGCUCAUCCUCCAGAACUCUGGCCACGGAGCAGGGGACACGCACUGCUUUGUGCCCUCCGAGCCCCCCAGGAACCCCUCAGGCUGCUCCCGGUGUCUCCGUUAUUUUUGUUAUUUCUGAAUGGGUGCAAAACUGACAGUAACCAGCUCCGGGGAGGAGAGGUAGAAACCCGGCCAGGCAGCCGGAGAAAAGGGGGUGGAGUGAGCCCGGGGAACAGAGCCAACUGGGGUCGGGACAAGGACACGUAGGUCCUGGGGGCCUCCAUCUAGAGGUGGGAACACAGGCACCUCUCCCUCCGGCAAGGGGUCCCCAUAAUUCUUUUUCUGGCCCUACCCCUCCCCAGACGAAUCAGGGUAAUCUGAGAUUCAAGCGGGCGGAGUCUGGGGCGUCAGCCUGGGGUGGCAUGGGGAGACAGAGCCUGCACUCCCACCCCCUGGCCUCCAAACCCCCACCCACGGAAUCAGCCUGUCCCCUAUAGCCCCCCAAGCCCAGCAUCCCCCACUCUAACAGACCACCCAGCGCUAGAGCCCGGCGUCCUGGAACUAAAUCUACCCUUUGCGGGGGGCGGGGGGGGGGUCCCUCUCCACACGCUGUCAAGAAAAAAAGUUUUAACCCAGGGGGUGAUCUGGCUUUGGGGUCAGGAAAGGGGUGAGGGGCACCCGGCAGGGACGGACCAUCGAGUUAAGGCUGGAAGGUAGGUUUUUGUGUCUCUGGGCGGGGAGGUCUCCCUGGAGGGGGUACAGCUCAGUGUUGCCCCCCUGACUGAUCUGGGACCUCAACCCUCAGGCCCGACUGCGGUCGGGCCUCGGGCCACCCGCAUCUCUCUGUCCUGUGCCGGUGGCGCCGACGGGUGGGAAGGCGGACCUCACGGAGAAGCCGCCAGGGUGUGCCACAACGGGGUGGACGAAAGGCGAGCCCUGUGAACGGAGCUGGGGGCGGGGCGGGGCGCCAAGGGGUGGAUGAGACCGCGAAGGACCGAGAGACACUUGGGCAGACAGAUGGACACGGGAAAGGAAUACACGGGGAAACGACAGACACACUCUCGGAGAACACGGGUGGGGGCCAGCUAAGGCAACACCGCCCCAUCCCCACCCUCCAUUUCCGGCGCUCACCCCAAUCCCGCGGGGCUGUGGUGCCCCUAGGGGCCGGGCUGGGAACUGCACUAACCACAGCCCUAAGGGAGGCCGUCCCAGGAAGACAGAUGCGAGAGAGGGGAGGACUGGGCAGUUACGGGGUGG